CCCCCGCGCUCAGUAACAUGGCGCUGUUGUUGGCAGUGGAGCGGUGUCGCUGCUGCCUCUGGGCGCUGCGGCGUCAGCGAUGGAACCAAGUACAAAGAUUUGUGAAAUGUGCUUCAACAAUAGGAGGUCACAACAUAGAGAAGAUUCUUAUCGCAAACCGAGGAGAAAUUGCAUGCAGAGUGAUGCGAACAGCAAAGAAAAUGGGUUUGAAGUCUGUAGCAGUUUGUAGUGAAGCAGACAGAAAUUCCAUGCAUGUAGCAAUGGCAGAUGAAGCAUAUUGCAUUGGUCCAGCACCCUCACAGCAGAGUUACUUGGCCUCGGAAAAAAUAAUGCAGGUGGCCAAGGUCUCAGCAGCUCAGGCUAUUCAUCCGGGCUAUGGUUUCCUCUCGGAAAACACAGAGUUUGCAGAGUUGUGCAAGAAAGAGGGAAUAAUCUUCAUAGGUCCACCUUCAUCUGCUAUCAGAGAUAUGGGUAUUAAGAGCACUUCCAAAGCUAUAAUGUCUGCUGCUGGCGUUCCUGUUGUUGAAGGUUAUCAUGGAGAAGAUCAAUCAGAUGAGUGUCUAAGGGAACAUGCCAAAAGAAUAGGAUAUCCAGUUAUGAUUAAAGCUGUUCGUGGAGGUGGAGGAAAGGGCAUGAGAAUUGCUCACUCAGAAAAGGAGUUUCUGGACCAACUAGAAUCAGCUAGGAGAGAAGCAAAGAAGUCUUUCAAUGAUGAUGCAAUGCUGAUUGAGAAAUUCGUAGAUAAUCCAAGGCAUGUUGAAGUCCAAGUAUUUGGUGACCAGCAUGGCAACGCAGUGUACUUGUUUGAAAGAGACUGCAGUGUGCAAAGGAGACAUCAGAAGAUCAUCGAAGAGGCACCAGGGCCAGGAAUUAAUGCUGAAGUUCGAAAGAGACUUGGAGAAGCUGCUGUCAAAGCAGCUAAAGCAGUUAAUUAUGUGGGAGCAGGAACAGUGGAAUUUAUUAUGGACUCCCAACAUAAUUUUUAUUUCAUGGAGAUGAAUACCAGACUGCAAGUAGAGCACCCAGUUACGGAGAUGAUCACUGGAACAGACUUGGUGGAAUGGCAGCUUAGGGUUGCAGCAGGAGAGAAGAUUCCCCUAAUGCAGGAAGAGAUUCUGCUCCGGGGCCAUGCAUUUGAAGCUAGAAUAUAUGCUGAAGACCCUAAUAAUAACUUCAUGCCAGGGGCUGGGCCACUGUUGCACUUAUCCACCCCACCAUCCGAUACUUUCACCAGGAUAGAAACUGGAGUUAGACAAGGUGAUGAGGUUUCUGUUCAUUAUGAUCCAAUGAUUGCAAAGCUAGUUGUUUGGGCUGAGGAUCGUCAAGCAGCACUGAGAAAGUUACGAUACAGUUUGCAUCAAUAUAAUAUUGUAGGAUUAAGCACUAAUAUUGAUUUUUUACUGAGUCUGUCAGGACACCCGCAGUUUGAGGCUGGAAAUGUGCACACUAAUUUCAUUUCUCAACACCAUGAUGAGCUAUUUCCAACCAAAAAGGCAACCCCACAUGAAGUUAUGUGUCAGGCAGCUCUAGGACUCAUACUGAAAGAGAAAAUGCUAACCGAAGCUUUUAGAGAUCAGUCAGAUGAUAAAUACUCACCAUUUGCAUCCAGCACUGGUAGGAGACUAAAUAUAUGUCAUACUAGAAAACUGUCUCUGUUGGAUGGGGAAAACACUGUGGAAGUAGCUGUAACUUACAAUCAAGAAGGGUCAUACAACAUGCAGAUUCAAGAUGCAACUUUCUUGAUUUCUGGAGAGAUCUUCAAUGAAGGUGAUUCGGUUUACUUGAGGUCUUCAGUAAAUGGAACAGUGUGUAAGUCCAAAUUGGUCAUUUUGGACAACACAAUUUAUCUCUUCUUUCCGGAAGGUAGUGCUCAGAUUGGCCUUCCUGUACCCAAGUACUUAUCUGCAGUGAGUUCAGUGGGAAUGCAAAGUGGUGCUGUAGCACCCAUGACAGGCACAGUUGAAAAGGUGUUUGUGAAAGCAGGGGAUAAGGUUCAGACUGGAGACCCUCUGAUGGUUAUGAUGGCUAUGAAAAUGGAGCAUACCAUAAGGGCUCCAAAGGCAGGAGUGAUAAAAAAGGUUAAUUUCCAAGAAGGUGCCCAGGCCAACAGACAUGCUCCGCUAGUUGAAUUCAUGGAUGAAGAGGCUGAAACAAAAUGAAGUUCAAGGAAGGUGCAUUUUAUUUUUUCUACUUUCAUGAUUUUCUCUCACAGGAGAUUUCUUCUUUUUUUCAGCAAACUGUUUUGUAUAACAGAUUGGAGAAUUGGUUUCCUCAGCACUUUCUGCAUAGUUUGACGGUAAAUUAUGGUGACUUCACUGAAACUUGGAUAUCACUGUACUGUAAUCAUAUAUAUAACUUGUGGACCUAUGUGAUUGUUGUUCAGUGAUGAUGUUUACCUGUGAAAAGGCAUUACACUGGCAGAUGUGGAACUCGUACAGUAUGGGAGAGGUUAGGACUGUAAGUUACACACAGCAGGCGUCUUCUGCCUAUUUUUUUAUUCACAGCUGCCUUUUUUUGCCUGCGAUGUGACAGCAUUGAUUUCAAGAAAAUCUGAAAGGUGACAAUUUUUUUAUGAAUUAAUUUCUCUGGAAAAAUUCCUGUUUGUGACUUACAUUUCGGCCUGAAUAGAGAACUCGGGAUUGUUCCUUAGCCCAGCACCCUUCUUCAGUCAAUUUUGGUGAAUCUUUUUUCCUAUUUACCUCAAUGAGUAGUGAAAAUUUUAAUUUCAAAAAUAUACCUUGAAAUAUCUGAUAGAAAGCAUUUUUCAAGUACAUUUUAGCAUUUGCUACACUAGUCAAAGUUGGAACAUUUGCUUUCCAAAAAAUAUCACUUGAUCUUCAAACACGAAAUAGUAGCAUAGAAAAAUGAUAAUCUUAUUUAAUACUUAAGGGGUACUUAGGGUGCCAAAAUACUGACUUCAAAAUCCUUAUUGCUUUUCCCAUAUUGUUUAUAUUUUAGUAUAUUACUCUUAUUAUAUUUUGUAUCUAUCUGCAGUGUUGCAGAAGGGAAAACUGGUAGGUUAUUGGUAGGAUAUGCAAAGAAAAUAUUUCUCCGACAGUAUUCUGAUAAUUUGCUAUAAAUGUAACUUCUUUUAAAAAGCACCUCAGAGAAACACAAAAAGGGAAAGAAAAAAUGUUUUAAUUGCUGCAAAAUCUUUUCACCUUUUUAGUUAAGUUCUGCUUGUCAUAUGAACUUCUGAUAUACUAGUUUAAGACAAUAGUAUGAUUGAUACUGCAGAAAGGGACACACAGAGAUGUUACAAUGAUCCCAAACUUGCAGUUACAUCUGUACAAAUGGAUCCUUAUACUUACAUGAAAUCUAAUUUUUUAAUCAAUAUACAUCAUAGGCAGUUCUCUGAUCUGAUGCUGGAACUGUAUAGCCUUGCCUGCAAUGCAGACAAAAAUUGUAAAACUCAUGUCUCAGGAUGGCCUGCAUAUUAAAAGCAUACUGUAAUACUUUUCAAUUUUCCUUGUAAUCCAGUGGCCAUCUGACAAAAAAAUUAUGAGUGAUCAUCUUGUAGAAUAUUGCCACAGUGAUUUUUUUUACAUACUGCCAAAUAAAAAUUAAGCCUAGCUUUGAAUGUUUGUUUUCAUUUUUCUCCAUUUUGUGCUUUCCUUGGUUGCUUGUGUUUGUGCAUGAGAGGGUUUUAAGGAGCUGUUUGUCAGAUAUCAUCUGAUGAUAGAUAGACCACAAUCUGCAGAUCACAUUUAGGCAGCAGUAAUCCAGACAGUUGUAAUGGGUUUCACUGCACUUAAGUUUAGUGACUUGCUUUAUCUAAAAAUGGAAUCUACAUAUAGAAAUGUGAACCCAGUCCUGAAGAGAUGCUGCAGCUUGGCUUUUUUUUUUUUUAAUUUCUGCUUGUCACUGCUGUGUUUCUAGACUUACUUUGCUAUGCUGAAUCUGUAGCAAAAUAUUGAAACUCCUAGCAUGAGGUUCUCUGUCAGUAAGUCUUCACUGCUUCCUUCAGCCAGCCAGUGAAACAAGAAUGUGACAAAAUGUCCUCCCUUAGGAAUGGAGACAAAUGAUUUUCCCAGGUUUAAUUUUUCUUCACUUCUGAAAAUUAGCAGGUUUUUGUUUGUUUUGUGUUUUUUUUUUUUUUUUUUUUUUUCCUCUGUAAGCUUUCACUGAGAUGAUUGAUUUUUCAAGUAGUGAAGGUUUUGUUUAUUUCGGUGUAAAAUCUCUUGCAGAAGUUACUGUUGGAAUUUGCACACUUCAAAUGUUUUGCAACAAUGUGAUUUAACUGAACUUAGAGAUAACAAAGAAUGAUUAAAGGUAGGUUGUUCCUGUAACCCAGAAUUUUAAUUUACAGAAUAUUCAGAAAUUUUCGGUUUAUUACAGAUAAAUCCUUGUGUUAUAAAUGUGAAUUGAUAAAAGCCAUAUGAUACUAACAUAGCUGUAACUAAACUGUUGUCUGUAGAACAGUUAGUGGUAGAGUAAGGAAGAAAAAAAAUGGUAAUUGUUUAAAAUGCAGUAUUUUAGUAUUCAAGCUAAAAGGUUAAUCUCUGCCAGUUGUUCAUUAAUACACCUUUUUCAAAUAGUGCUGUAGUUCUGAUACUAGAGUAACAGAUGUUACAGAAACAAGGAAUCUGAACUGAGUCCAAUUAUAAUGAUCUGCUCUUGCUGCUGGAAGAGAGAGGGGGCCAAGUCACAGGAUAUGUAGUUCAGCCACAAUUGAUAGCCUUCAGGAAAGAACGAGGGUAUUAGUGUUCCAAGCUAUGGCUUUUGUGAGACAGGAUCAGAGUGUAACACUUGGUGAGCUUACUGGUCAGCUGGUUAGAUCAGGUACAGAACAUCCUGCUUGGUAGUGUGAAUGUUAUCAUGCCAAAAGGACAAGCCUUCGUAAACUUCAGUUAUCACCUGUGGGAUCUCCAUCUCUCUUGCACUCUUCAGCUGCUGUUAAUUACUAUAGCUUAUAUCCAGUGAAGAUCUGUGGUGUGGAGCCUGAAUUCAUGCUGGAUCAGUGAUUAGGACACAGGAAGAGGAAAGCAGGUCUGAGCUCUUAUUUCAGCCACUGACUCACCAUGACUUCAGACAAGUCACUUAAUAGGUACUUGCCUGUGUUUUGUCCUAUUUAGUAAGGUUGAUGUUAAUCAAAACACUGCAAAAUUUGUGGACACAGUGAUUUAUAAAUACUUAUUUUUCAUGCCUGCUGGUAAAACUGUGGUUUUAGAUGUAGACUAUUUUUACUUGUAAGGUUAUUUUUCAUUUAACCUUUUAUGCAGUAAAUAGCUAUACCAAUGAAUUAUAAAACCUUAAAGUUUCCAAUGUGUAUUGAGUCCUUUGUUGUAAUGGUUAUACUACUAGUUACCAGAAAAUCCUACUUUCUGUCUUCAGGAUUAAAAAAUUAAUACUCAAGUGUUUUGGCAGGAGCUUUAAAAGUCAGUCAGUUGGGAGUGGGGUGUUGAUCUGAGCAUACUACUUUUUUUUUUUUUUUUCUUUCUUUGAUUUUUUUAUUGAAGAGACUUGUACCUAUUUUAAAGGGCUUAUCAACCAGCACACUUAUCAUUAAUUUCUGUUGAUUAUUAUUCUGUUCAGUGAGAUCAGGAAUUAUUUGACUGUGUUCUAUCUGUUCUGGUUGUAAAAAGCCCAACAAUUCUGUGUGAAUGUGUUCAUGGAACAGUCAGUGGCAAUGGAUUAAGGUCUGAACUUACAGCUUUUACACAAGGUAUGUUCUCAACAGAUACUCUAACUGCUAUGAUUGCUUCACAGGUAAACGCCACUUAGUAUCUUUAUGAUACUGGGGCAUAGCCCUCUGUGUAAGAAUUCCAUUUGGAAAGUAAUAGACAUUACUGAAUGUCAUAUUAAAAAGAAGGCAGAAAUUCAGAAUUGAAAUCUUGGCAUUUAUUUUUAUGCGAACUGAUGCGGAUCUCUUAGAACCCAGGCUCUCUUCUUUCAAAAGUAAUGCAGUAAAUGUAAUGAUAUAAUUUGAUGUUAGCUUAAAAUCUGUUGAUUAUACAAUGAAUCCAUGUUAAAAUAAACAUGGAUAUUAUGGUUGAAUACCCCAAAUUUUUAUCAUAGCAGUAAUAAGCAAGUAAAAUGCCUGUCUAGAGUCCUACUGGAUUUUGAAAUUCUAACAGUAGCUGGAUUUUAGCUUUCAUCUGUGUCCUGCUUUCAGCUGGGAUAGAGUUUAUUUUCUUCCUAGUAACUGAUACAAUGCUGUGUUUUGGCUUUACUAUGAGAAUAAUGUUGAUAACACAGUGAUGUUUUAGUUGUUGCUAUGAAGUGCUUACCCUGAUAAAGGACUUUUCAGUCUCCUAUGCUCUGUCAGUGAGGAGGGACAGAAGGAGCCAGGAACGUGCACAGCCAGGACAGCUGAUCUGAAUGAGCCAAAUGGCUGUUUCGUACCAUAGAUUGUCAUGCUCCCUACAGAAACUGGGGGCAGUUGGCUGGGAGGCACUGAUCACUGCUUGGGGACUAGCUGCGCGCUGGUCAGCAGGUGGUGAGCAACUGUAUUGUGUAUCACUUGUGUUCCUUGGGUUUUCUGUCUCUUUACUGUCUCCUUUUUGUUAUUAUUUCAAUUAUUAAACUGUUCUUACCUCAA